AUGUCGACCAUAGCACCAACAUCAGCACAACCACGAGACUCGGAAACUUGCUGCACAUCUGCUCUCGACGGCGCAGCAUCGCCGGUGGCCCAGUCGACAUCUCAUAGCACUCGAACCAGCGGCAGAUUCGAGGCAACAAGCCUGCAACCGCAUCUCUCGAGCCUACUUAGCUCUCGUCUACGCAGCGCACGAUGGGAUAAGUGGGAUAAAGAAAAGAACCGUGCUCUCAGUAGAUGCAUAGCCGAGAAUAUCAAGGCCAAGAUGCUCGAGGUCCAGGCGAAAGGAUUCAAGUAUAUAGUGCAAGUGCAACUCGUCGAGAAUUUGGGCCAAGGUGGAAGCCGACCUGGCCUGCCACUGGGAAGACUCGGAUAG